AAUGCACUGUGUCCGUUGCGUUAGAAAAAUUUCUCUUUCCCGAUUUCCCGAUUGGCAGUACAUAACCUCAAAAUUGCAUGUGGGAUUUGUUGUGGUUUUUGUGAGCUGCUGGAAGACGAUAGAAAAAGCGAGGAAAACCUGAAAAAUGGAUGGGGAAUCAUCGAAGGAGAGUGGGAUAUGGAAGGAUCCGAGGUUCAGUCACCUUGUCAAUGAUCCGAGGUUUCAAAAUAUCUCAGAAUCAAAGAGAAAAGUGAAGAUUGAUCGACGCUUUCAGUCCAUGUUCAAUGAUCCCAAGUUUUCCCUGAAAUACACAGUGGAUAAGUAUGGGAGACCUGUGGAACAGGGGCAGAGUGAUGAGCUGAAGAAGUACUAUGCGUUGAGUAGUAAGGGAGAAGAGAGUGAGGGUGAGGAAGAAGCAGAAGCUGUAGAAGAGGAGAAUGAUGAACUAGAGACUGGAGGGAAAUUGGGUAAGAAAAUAAAGAAGAGGCUCAAGGAUUUGGAGAUUGACUAUGCCAGGGGAGAGGCAAAGAUCCUCACUGACAGCUCAUCAGAUGAUGAGAGUUCAGAGGAUGAAGAUGAAGAGACGAUUUUUGAGCAUGUUUGGGGAGAACUGGACAAUGAUGCUCCACGGACGGAUGAGUCCACCAAGAGACUGGCAGCCUGCAAUAUGGACUGGGACAAGAUGAGAGCUGUUGACAUUUUAGUACUGUGUAGCUCUUUCCUUCCGGAAGGUGGAAAAAUUGACCGUGUAUCGAUUUAUCCGUCAGAAUUUGGGAAGGAACGAAUGAAGGAGGAGGAUUUGAAGGGUCCAGCUGAAUUGCUUGCUCUGCCGAUGGAAACUGAUGAGGAUAAUAGUGAAGUAAAGAAUUCCAAGGAGAGAGAUGAAGAAGGAGAAUCGUAUCACAUGGAAAAAUUGAGGCAGUAUCAGCUCAACAGGCUGAAAUAUUUCUACGCAGUGAUUGAGUGCAGCAAUAUCCGGACAGCCGAUCAUCUCUAUUCCGAAUGCGAUGGUCUUGAAUAUGAAAGUUCAGCAACAAAAAUGGACCUGAGAUUUAUUCCUGAUGACAUGGAUUUUGAUGAAGAACCACAUGAUGUUUGUGAAAAACUCCCGAAUCUUCAGGAGUACAAGCCAAGAAUCUUCGAGACGACAGCUCUACAAAAUGCAAAAGUUAAACUCACAUGGGAUGAUACGGCUGAAGAGAGAAAGGAAUUCAAUGAAAAGUUGGCUCAAGGAAAACUAACUGAGCUAUCCCAGGAAGAUCUCAAAAAAUUCAUCGCUUACAGCAGUGAGGAAGAAGAAGAAAAGGUUCCUUCUGCAGAAUUGGGAGGAGCAGAAGAUUCCGAGAGUGAAGGGUCAGAGGAAGAAGGACCCAAGUCCUCAAUAGACAAAUACCGGAAUCUCCUGAAUGAAAUCAAAGAGAAAGAGCAACAUCAGAAAAUGAGUAAAGUUGAAAGGGAACUUUCCUGGGGAAUUAUGACAGGCAAAGAUGAAAAUUCAAAUGAGUCUUCAGAAGAUGAGAAAAGCUCUUCCCUGACCCCAUUUGAGAAACUCGUGGAAAAGAAGAAGCAGAAACAGAAGAAACGCCGAGAAGAAAUUAAACAGAAAUAUUCCAGAGAUUCAUCAGAUGACUCUUCAGAUGACAUUCCCGAGGGAAUCGACAUGAAUGAUCCGUACUUUGCUGAAGAAUUUGCAGGAGGAAAUUUUGCGCCACUGAAAGAUCCCAAAAAAUCUCAGAAGAAGAAAAAAGAGCAAGAAGCUGAAGAAAAAGCUGCUAAGGAGGAAGAGGAGAAGCAAGCUGCAGAGCUUUCCCUUCUGCUGGAUGAAAAGGAAGAAGGAAAGUCUCAUUUUAGCCUCAAGAAAAUCCAAUCUGCAGAAGCGGAAACGAAAAAGCGCAAGAGGAAGAAACUCCUCAAAAAGUCCAAGGCUCAAAUUGCCGAAGCGAAAGCCAAGAAAGCUACUGAAGAUGACUUCAAGAUCAACGUAAAUGAUGAGCGUUUCUCAGCAGUUUUCACUUCUCAUCUCUACAAUAUCGACCCAACUGAUCCAAAUUUCAAGAAGACCCGAGCAAUGGACGUCCUAAUUGAGGAAAAGCUGAAGAGAAAGCAAGAAGGAACGGUGAGAAACGUGCCUGAAGAGAGAGAGGGGUCUCCGAGGAAAAAAGUGAAGAAGGACGCAGAAGUGUCAGUUUUGGUGAAAAGUAUAAAAAGGAAAGUUAAGAAUAAAUGAAUUGUUACAUUAAAAAUAUUGCUAAUAACGCUAAUAAAUUCUUUGUAAAUAUAA